CUGCUGGGCGCUGAGGGCGGCGAUGGCCCCGCCGGCCCCGCCGGGCCCCCCGGCCCUCCCCGCGCCCUGCCCGCCGCCUGCGACCCCCGCCGCCUCCCGCACCGCCUGCUCGUCCUGGCCCUCAUGUGCUUCCUGGGAUUCGGCAGCUACUUCUGCUACGACAACCCAGCCGCUCUGCAGACCCAGGUUCAGCGGGACAUGAAGGUGAACACAGCCCAGUUCAUGGCACUCUAUGCCUGGUACUCGUGGCCCAACGUGGUGCUGUGCUUCUUUGGAGGCUUCCUGAUAGACAGAGUGUUUGGGAUCCGGUUGGGCACUGUAAUAUUCAGCAUCUUUGUGUGUGCUGGGCAGGUGGUUUUUGCCCUGGGAGCACUGUUCAAUACCUUCUGGCUGAUGGAAGUGGGCAGGUUCAUAUUUGGGAUUGGGGGCGAGUCCCUGGCCGUGGCCCAGAACACCUAUGCAGUCAGCUGGUUCAAGGGCAAGGAGCUCAACCUGGUGUUUGGAUUACAGCUCAGCAUGGCCAGGAUUGGGAGCACGGUGAACAUGAAUAUUAUGGGAUGGAUCUACUCCAGAGUGCAGGAUCUCCUGGGCUACGCUGGUCCCAGCACCCUCGGCCUGGCUCUGCUCAUAGGUGGGGUCACCUGUGUGUUCUCACUGAGCUGUGCUCUAAUCCUGGCUUACCUGGACAGGAGAGCAGAGAGGCUGCUUUGUAAAGAGCAGGGGAAAACAGGAGAGGUGAUCAAGCUGACAGAUGUGAAGGAUUUCUCCCUGUCCCUGUGGCUCAUCUUUGUCAUCUGUGUCUGUUACUACGCUGCAGUUUUCCCUUUCAUUGGCCUGGGGAAGGUUUUCUUUAUUGAAAAAUUCCGAUUUUCCCCUCAAGAAGCCAGUGCAAUCAACAGCAUCGUGUACAUCAUCUCAGCCCCCAUGUCCCCAGUGUUUGGCCUGCUGGUGGAUAAAGUUGGCAAGAACAUCAUCUGGGUGCUGUGUGCUGUGGUCACCACUCUGGCCUCACACAUCAUGCUGGCCUUCACCUUCUGGAACCCCUGGAUAGCCAUGUGCCUGCUGGGCGUGGCCUAUUCCCUGCUGGCCUGUGCCCUGUGGCCCAUGGUGGCCUUUGUGGUCCCCGAGCACCAGCUGGGAACUGCCUAUGGCUUCAUGCAGUCCAUCCAGAACCUGGGCCUGGCAGUGAUUGCCAUAGCAGCUGGCAUGAUCCUGGACACCAGGGGAUACCUGUUCCUGGAGGUGUUCUUCAGUGCCUGUGUUUGCUUGUCACUACUAGCUGUGGUCAUGCUGUACUUUGUGAAUCACCUCACAGGUGGUGAUCUCAACUGGUCUGCAAAGAAAAGGGCAAAACUGCAAAAAGCAGCUGCAUCUGAAGCAGAAGAGCAGGAGAGGCUCAGAAGGCAGAACGAAGAUGAUUUGGCAAAAUUGCUGCCAAAAGCUGAUGCCUUUAGUUUAAGGAAUAAAUACCUGUCCAAGCUUGGAGCUCAGCUCCCAGCUCAUUGCUCCUCCUGUUUCUCAACCCUGGCCCACAGAAGUGUGCUGAAAUAGCAGCUUGGCCCUGUGGAAAAGCAGGAAUACUCUGAAUUUCCUGGGACACAGAGCCCAGCACCAGCAGAUGCUCCGUGCUUUGCUGCCAGCCUAGAUCCUAGAUUUCAAAUAUUGCCUCAAACUCCUCCUCCCUGGGCAGUGCAGAGAUCCUGAUGGGAAUUGUGGCUCUGCUGGAACCUCUGAGUGGCUGCUCCAGCCUCCUGUCUCAAAUACUCCGUGAGUAGCUGAGUCAGGGCCAGGAUUUGAUCUCUGGGUGUGAAAUGGGAAAAGUCAAUCAUUAAAUUGCUGGGAUGAGCCUGGAUGGAGGUGGGGAUUUCCAGCCUCUCCUCCUGGACACCUUCAUUGCUCUGUUUUGUUUUUCUGAGAGAAGAAGGUGAGGAAAAGCUCCCAAGUGAAUAUUUCAGAGGAAUCUCCACUUCCAGAAGGACAAAAAGUGUUCACCUUGGAAUUUAUCCCAGGGCAGGAACAGCAAUA